CAGCGACCUAGCUGAGCUAAUAGGCAAGGAAACGUGGUUGCCCUUAAAUAGCGAUUGAGCAAAAUACCUGUCUCGAGAGAACCAUAUACUUAUAAGGGCAAACACUAUAGUAAAGUGGAAAUUUGAGAGAAUUGAGAUUGAGAACGAGAUCGAGCCAUGAAGGGUUAUUAUGAGCCACGUUCAAGCUCUUCUUGUGCAGCUUGCAAGUUCUUGAAGAGAAGGUGCAUACCCAAUUGCAUAUUUGCACCGUACUUUCGCUCUGACGAGUGCAAGAAAUUCGCCAAGGUGCACAAGGUGUUCGGGGCAAGCAAUGUGAGCAAGAUCCUCGUUGAGGUUCCUGAGGAACAGAGAGAGGACACGGUGAAUUCACUUGCUUAUGAGGCGGAAGCACGGCUUCGGGACCCGGUUUAUGGAUGCAUUGGUGCCAUAGCUCUGCUGCAAAGGAAGAUGGUGGAGCUUCAACAUGACCUUGCCAUUGCUAAGGACCGUCUUGCUCGUUAUGCUACUGCUGCUGCUACUGCUACCACCACCCCUUCUAAUUCCACUUCUCAUGAUGCCUUCUUUAAUGGCCACGUUAGUUUGCCACCCUUCCCUGAUUUUUACACUUGUGCUGAUAAUUUCAAUAAUAAUAAUGACAACUUCUGCCACACCUCUUCUUCUCAAUCAUCAUUGACCAGACAUGAAACGGUGGAUGAUUUUAUUCAAACCCCAUAUAUAUUUUGAGAUUUAAUGUUAGUUAAUUAUGAUCCUCCCCCCAACCCCCCCC